AUGCUGAGGAGAGACAAUUUGUCUGCGGGAUCUGUGCCCUUCAGCUGCGAUGUGUGCGGCAAGAAGUUCAACGUGGCUCAGAACCUCACCAGGCACCAGCAAACCCACAGAGAACAGAAAAGCUUCACGUGUUCCAUCUGUGAGAAGAGCUUCUCACGAGCCAAGACCCUGCUCACCCACCAACUGAUCCACACCGGGCAGAAACCCCAUUCCUGCGACGAGUGCGGACGAGCCUUCCGACACCUGGUGAACCUGCGCAACCAUCAGCGCAUCCACACCGAUCUGCGCCCGUACGCCUGCGACCUCUGCGGCAAGGCCUUCCGACACUCGGUCAACCUGAAGAUCCACAAGCGCAUCCACACCGGAGAGAAGCCGUUCACCUGUCAGGACUGCGGCAAGAGCUUCAGCCAGCAGAGCAGCCUGAUGUCUCACAGCCGCACCCACUCCAGUCUCAGGCCGUUCGGCUGCAGCUACUGCAAAAAACACUUCAACAACACCAACAGCCUGAAGCUGCACGAGCGCACCCACACCGGCGAGAAGCCCUACAUCUGCGACGUCUGCGGGAAGAGCUUCAUCCAGGGCAGCCACCUGCGCACGCACAAGCGCCACCUGCACGCCGGAGGCAAGCAGUUCAUCUGCGACAAGUGCGGAAAGCGCUACGCGGACCCGCGCAACCUAAAACUGCACAAGUGUGUGUAUGCAUGA